GGCAGGCGGAUUGCAGGUGACACGAGCGAAUUGCCACUCGCGACUCGCACCUAUUUAUAAUCAGUUCCCCCCCUUUUGAAAUAAACAUUCGUUGCUCCAAACGUCGCGACGACGCGUCGACGAUUUUUCUGCUGCUGCUUUGCCAUCGUCUCUGUCGCUGUCGCAGUCGCUGCUGCUGUUGCUGCUAAGCUUUGCUGCUGCUGCCGCCUCUGCUUCUCGACUCGAUCUCAAUUUCGAUUCAUUCCCGCACUCAACGCGCUCGCGAAUAGUUUGGAUUUUUCGGCUCUUCAGCUUGACGCUCUAGCUGCAGAAAAGAAACAUAAGUCUCAAGUAGUGUGAAGUGACAGUGCGACAAAGUGACAACUCAACAACAAAACAGAGUGUGUGUGGUGACAGUGCCACUGUGAGAUGAAGCCAUAGAGUGGCUAUAGACGCAUAUAAAAUACCAAUAGAAAAAUAAUAACACAAUAAAAAUACAGCCACAGUCAACCGCAGCUCUCCCAGCUAAACACAAACGGCAUUCGUGAUGAGCGCCAAAGAUACAGGCCAUGUGAAUGGCGCCUUCAAUGGCACCGAAGUGUCCCUUGACAUACCCACAAAUACCCUGUAUCACACAUCGCGGGACUGCAUCGUGCAGCAGGAAGAGGAACCGAUCAAAUCCCGCAGCUGGACGGACAGCUGUCGACGCGCUUGUGACAACAUCUUUCGCAUGAAGACGCUGCAGAAACGUUUCCCGAUCUUCGUUUGGCUGCCGCAGUACAAAAAGGAUUACAUAUUUGGCGAUAUUGUUGCCGGCAUUUCGGUUGCUCUCACUGUGAUACCUCAGGCAUUGGCUUAUGCUGGCAUUGCUGGACUCGAUUUGCAGUAUGGCUUGUAUGCCUGUUUCCUGGGCUGCUUCAUCUACAUCUUCACCGGCUCCAGCAAGGAUGUCCCAAUUGGUCCCACCGCAAUUUCAGCGCUGCUUUCAUUCCAAAUCGCCGGCGGCAGCUGGCAAAUGGCCACGUUGCUGACCUUUCUCACGGGUUUAAUUGAAAUACUGAUGGGCAUCUUUCGACUUGGCUUCCUCAUCGAUUUUGUCUCGGGUCCAGUUGGUGCUGGCUUCACAAGCGCCGUCUCGCUGAUCAUCUUCAGUUCACAGAUGAAGGAUCUGCUCGGCAUACACACGAGUGGAAAUACUUUCCUCCAAGUCUGGAUUAGCAUCAUCAACGACAUUCACAACAUUAGCUGGCCCGACUUUGUGCUCGGUCUCAUCUGCAUCGUUUUGCUGCUCAGCUUGCGCGCCUUGGCCAGCUGCAGUGUGGGUCCCAAGCAGGGUAAAUCCACCUGCCAAACACUGCUCACUGGCAUCUUCUGGACUGUCGGCACUGCCCGGAAUGCGCUUCUUGUUUGCGGCACUGCUGGCUUGGGUUACUGGCUGUCUGUCAGUGGCAACGAGGAACUGGUUCGCACUGUGGGCUUUGUGCCCAAGGGUUUGCCUGAGUUUCGGCCACCACCUUUCCACAUGGAUGCCGUGUACAACGAAACUACGGGUGAACUAGUUUCGGAUGCUCAAAGCUUCUGGGACAUGGUCAGCACACUAGGCUCUGGUUUGAUUGUGGUGCCGUUGAUCGCGCUUCUGGAAACGAUGGCGGUGGUGCAAGCUUUUGCUGAUGGAAAACCCACCGAUGCCACCCAGGAGCUGAUUGCCUCUGGCAUCUGCAACGUGGCCAACUCCUUUGUCCAGGGUCUGCGCAGCAACGGCGGCGUUGCUCGUGGCGCCAUUCUCAAUGCCAGCGGCGUGAGGACACAACUCUCAAAUCUCUACACAGGCGUCAUUGUUAUCAUUGCGUUGCUCUAUCUCACACCUUGCUUCUACUACAUUCCCAAAGCAGCGUUGGCUGCGAUCAUCAUAGCUGCUGUCGUCUUUAUGGUUCAAUAUCGAGUCAUUAAGCCCAUGUGGCAUAGCAAAAAAACUGAUCUGAUACCCGGUCUUGGUGCUUUCUUUGCUUGCUUGGUGCUGCCUCUGCAGCUGGGCAUUCUCGUUGGCAUUGGCAUCAAUGUGAUCUUUAUUCUCUAUCAGGCAGCGCGUCCCAAGCUGCGCAUUGAAACGCUUUCGACUCCUGAGGGCGAGCGUUAUCUGAUGCUAACGCCGGAUCGCUGUCUAAUCUUUCCCUCGAUGGAGUUUGUGCGCAAGGUGAUCAACAAGCAGGGCGUCAAAUCAACGCUACCCGUGGUGAUCGAUUGUAGCCAUAUCUAUGGGGCUGAUUUCACGGCUGCCAAGGUGAUAUCGAUGAUGGUCAUGGAUUUUGCGCAGCGUCAGCAACCGCUGUUCUUCUACAAUCUACAGUCGCGUGUGGCCCAAGUCUUUGAGGGUCUCAACAAAGAUCUGGUCGCUAUCUACGAUAUCAGCACGCUGCAUGCGAAACUAGCAGAGAAGACGCCAACAUAACCUCGUUAUAUGAUAGAUUAAUUUUAGUCUUUAUAUUUAUUUCACAAACACACACACACACAUACACUCUCACACUCUGCUAGACCAAUUUCAAUGCUUUCGCGAGGCCAGCGAGUUGUUUCGCUUUGGUUUAGGCCAUGCUAAAAGAAAAAAAACCAACGAAAAAAACCGAAAAAAAUGAAAUAAUGAAACCCACGCAAAUGUCAGCAGCGUCGUCAACCACAAAUACGUUAUAAACAGUCCAGCCAAAUAGUCAAAUAUUUUCCGUAAAUUUAAUUAGCAUUUAAGUUUUGAGCAAUCUUUCUUUAUUUAUUCGCUUGUGAAUUUGGUUUUUGAUUUUUUGGCAAAAUGCUGUGAACAUUUUGGUUCAACAACAAAAAUCGAAGAAAAUGAAAAGACGAUAUUUGCACCUCAUUGUUAUCUUUGAGAUUGCUUGACUUAGUAUUAUACGAGUAUUAGCGCCUUAGUACUUAAAUAAAUAACGCACAAAUAUUUAAUUAUAGUUUUGUGAUUAAU